GUUCCACAUCCCCGGUGUGCCGGCGGUCUGGAGGCUGUCAGCUCUGCUUUGAGCAAGUUUCUGUACUCAGGUGUAGGUAUAGCCACCAAUCUUUAUCCAUAAAAGGAGGACAGGGGCAAAGAACGAGCGGUUACUCGUCACCAUGGGUUUGCCUCUUGACCAAGUGGAAGAAUUGCGUCUCUACCAGCAAACUCUUCUCCAGGACGGGCUCAAAGACAUGUUGGACCACAACAAGUUUCUGGACUGUGUCUUGAAAGUCAAAGGGAAAGAGUUUCCCUGCCAUCGGCUGGUGCUGGCAGCCUGCAGCCCCUAUUUCCGGGCCAUGUUCCUCUCAGACAUGGAAGAGAGCAAGAAGAGGGAGAUCAGCUUGGAGGACGUCGAUCCGGAUGUCAUGGGCAAGAUCCUCCACUACAUCUACACCUCCGAGCUGGAGAUCACCGAGCAGAACGUGCAGGACAUCUUCUCCGUGGCCAACAUGUUCCAGAUCCCCUCCAUCUUCACCGUGUGCGUGUCCUUCCUGCAGAAGAGGCUCUGCCUGAGCAACUGCCUGGCCAUUUUCCGGCUGGGGCUGAUGCUGGACUGCGCGCGGCUGGCCGUGGCCGCACGCGACUUCAUCUGCGACCGCUUCGCGCUGGUCUCCCGCGACGAGGAGUUCUACCAGCUCUCCCCCGACGAGCUCAUUGCCAUCAUCUCCAGCGACUCCCUCAACGUGGAGAAGGAGGAGAGCGUCUUUGAGGUGGUGAUGAAGUGGGUGGGGGCCAAGGACCGCGAGGGCCGGCAGAAGGCCCUGCCUGUCAUCUUCGAAAGCAUCCGCUUCCGCCUCAUGCCCGACGACUACAUCAGGGAGCACGUGGAGAAGCACGCCGCCGUCAAGGCCAGCCCGGAGCUGCUCAAGAAGCUGCAGAUGGUGAAGGACGCCCAGAAAGGCAAAUUCACCGUGGUGAAGAAGAAGAAAGUGAAGAAGAACAGCGAGAAUCAAGCAAAGGAGAACGUUGUCAAUGGAGCAGUAGAUGAAGGGGAGGAUACAGAGGAGGAUGCUCUGCCUGGGAUCUUGAAUGACACGAUGCGCUUUGGGAUGUUCCUCCAGGACCUUAUUUUCAUGGUGAGCGACAGCGGAGCAGUGGCCUACGACCCCAACGCCAACGAGUGCUAUUUUGCCUCCCUGUCAACUCAAAUCCCAAAGAACCACAUCAGUCUGGUGACCAAAGAGAAUCAGAUCUUCAUUGUUGGAGGACUGUACUACAACGAGGACAACAAAGAGGAUCCCAUGAGCUCCUACUUCCUACAGUACGACCAUCUGGAUGCAGACUGGCUGGGGAUGCCCCCCCUGCCCUCCCCUCGCUGCCUCUUCGGCCUGGGUGAGGCGGAAAACUCGAUUUUUGUGGUUGGAGGGAAGGAACUGAAGGAGGGAGAGAAGACCUUGGACUCGGUGCUGUGCUACGACCGGCUGUCCUUCAAGUGGGGCGAGGCCGAUCCCCUUCCCUACGCAGUCUAUGGCCACGCAGUGGUGUCACACAAGGACCUUGUCUACGUCAUCGGGGGCAAAGGAAGUGACAAGAAGUGCCUGAAGAAGAUGUGUGUCUACAACCCAGCCAAGUUCGAGUGGAAGGAAGUGGCUCCCAUGAAAACGGCCCGCUCCUUGUUCGGAGCCACCGUGCACAAGGACAAAAUCUACGUGGCAGCUGGUGUGACAGACUCUGGCUUGACCAGCUCGGUGGAGGUCUACGACAUCGCCAGCAACAAGUGGGACACCUUCACGGAGUUCCCUCAGGAGCGCAGCUCUGUCAGCCUGGUCAGCCUGUCCGGGGUGCUCUACCUGCUCGGGGGCUUUGCCACGGUGGAGACGGAGUCGGGAGAGCUGGUGCCAACGGAGCUGAACGAUGUCUGGAGGUAUGAUGAGGAGCAGAAGAAGUGGGAAGGGGUCCUCCGGGAGAUCCAGUACGCCUCCGGUGCCACGUUCCUCCCCGUGCGCCUCAACGUGCUGCGCCUCACCAAGAUGUAGCCAGGCUGGAGUGGUCUUCUUUCCAAGGGGGAUGGGGGGAGGUGGGGAGAUGCUGAUCAGAGAUGUGGCAUCUGGACACUGCCCAGGACAUUGCAUCUGUGAUUGGUACUCUUUUGGAUAAGUGGGAAAGAGGGGGGAGUAUCCAGGAAACCUCUGGGAACUCGAAGGUGCUCACAAGGUAACUGGAGAGGGGAUCUGGAGCCUGCAAGGAGCAGGGGAAGACUUAGAAGCACAGAAAAAAUAGUUAUUCCAGUCUCAGGAGACGGGACAAAUAGAUGAUACAUUUUUAAACUUCUGUCUCCAUGUUUUUCCCCAUCUUUUCAACCUCCAACAAACAGAGGAUGCAGGAAGUGGGGACUAAGAUGACAUUCCCCAGGGAAAGGCAUCUACAAAGUAUUUCCCAGCCUAAGGUGUCUGUGAGCACAGUGUUCUUUGGAGAGGAGAAGGAAGGGUUAAAGUGAAGUGGUACAGGAGAGACCUGACAGAAUUUAAAGAGUUCCUGAGUGAAGAGGGUUGUUGGGAUGAGACAGUUAAAAGAAAAGAUCGUGUGAGCAGCAGAAGCACCUUGGGAGUUGUAAUGAAAAGCAAAUAAUCUUUGUUCUUUUCCUCCACCUUGGCUUUGGGGUGAUGAGAGGCGGGGAGCUGAGUCUCAGGAAGGGAGGGGUCAUGGAAAUUGUAGGGUGGGAAAGGGAGAGAGAUGCACAGGGGAUGCUAAGUGUGGUCAUCUCCAGCCUUUUGGGCUCCUCAUCCUCAAUCACAGAUCACAAUGUCCUCACCCACAGAUGGACAAAGGCUGUUUUUUACAGAAAGGUUUUCUAUUUUUGCUGUUUCUCUUAUUUUUAAUGUUCAGACUGUUUUUUUAAGAGUAUUUUACUUUGCUAAGGAGAUCUCCAAUGUGUUUGGUUCAAAGAGAGCUUCUGACUGAGGAAAAAUGCAUAUUUAUUUUAAGUUGUCAAUAACAAUGUUUUGAUAGAGGCAUGACUGUACAGGCAGCAGGAAAAAAGAUCUGUAAGAGCAGAAAUCUCCUGAUGCCCACACCAUUGACCAGUGGUUUAUUUAAAAAUAAAUGUGACUAUUCCAAAAGAAAUACCCUGUGUUUGCACACUGAUAAGAGCUGAAACUGAUCCUUCACAGAAACCAAAGACAAGGACUGGGCACAAGUUGUGAUGGACACAGGCAGCAAAACAGCCCCAUGGAGAAACCCAUCUUUUCUUGUUCUUUUCCUCCAUUUGAGAGCUGAAAUUUUAGAAUCUGUAUCCUUACAGCUCUUCCCCAUGGAUACCACAACUAGGAGUUUACCCAGGACUUGAAGGAAGCUGGAUGCCUACACUGACAGGGUGAGAGGAGACAGCCUCAGGUUGUGCCAGGGGAGGUUUAGAUUGGAUAUCAGGAUGAGUUUUUUUAACAGAAAGGAUUUUAAAGCACUGGAAGAGGCAGUGGAGUUGCAGUGGUGGAGUCACCAUCCCUGGAAGUGUUCAAAAAACUUGUGGAAUUGGCACUCAGGGACAUGGUUCAGUGGUGAACGUGGUGGUGGUGCUGGGUUGGUGGCUGGACUCUAUGAAAUUAAAGGUCUUUUCAAACCUUAACAAUUUUAUGAUUCUGUGAUGUCAUUGUACCAUUUACAGGGGUGAUAAUCAAUAAUUUUUUUUUAAAAAAAAGAACAAAUACAAACCUUGCAAAAUAAUUGCCUCAAAGUAGCAUGAAAAUUCUGGUAUCACAAAUGAUACCUGGCUGAUUCAUCUAGAUCAAAAUGCAGCUGUGAUGGAACUAAAACAUUUUUGGAAGGAAAAAGAAUUCAAGGGAAGUAAAGGAACCAGAGACUUGUCCUGGUUUCAUUUGAAGGAUUUAGGAAGUUACAGGAUAAGGUCCUUAGAGGGCAAUCACAUUAGAACAGUAAUGAAAUAUUUCAGAAGAAAAAGAAAUCCAAGGUGACUGGCUGUCACAAAGUAGCUUAAAAAAAAAAAGGGAACAAAAAUCUUUGAAACAAUCAAAUGUGUGAAAAACACACGGAAAAGAAAUAAACACCUUCUGCCUAGUUCUGCAGAAAUUCAUGUAGACAAUUCCCAAGAUAAUUAAAGAUGAAUCUCUCAAAUAGCUUCUGGCACAAAAGAAAAAAAGGAAAAUUAAGAAAAAAAAAUUAAAAAUUAAUCCCUGCAUAGAAUAAUCAUUUUUAAAAGCAUUUAUUGCAGUGUCAGGAUCCCACCUCCUGCCCCCAGCAACACCAUCCUUGGAAGUGUUUAAGGAUUGAGUGGAAGUUGCACUCAGGGCUCUGGUCUGGCUGACAAGGUGUGGAUUGGUCCAAGGUUGACUCAAUGAUCGUGAAGGUAUUUUCCAGCCCUAAUGAUUCUGUGAUUCCGUGACCUUUGCUUCAGCUCUUCUUGCUGAAUGCAGGCUGGAAAGUUGUUGAUUAUCCUAAUAAUUAAGAGCUUUAAUCCCCACUCACCUCCUGCCACAUUUCUUGGCUCUCCUGGAGGAAUUCUGGGCUUUUUAAAGCCAGCAGGAGAAUGCUGCUAAUCUUCCAUGAGUUGUUGUGGUGCGGUCCCUGAUAAGGACUCAAGAUAUUUCCAAUAAACUGGAGUUUGGUGCUCAUGUGUGCUUCACAUCCAUUAUAAAGCUGUGGAGAAGCCACCACUGGCACAGGGCACGAAAUGGUAAAAGGAAAAUUAGCUGUUGUAUAAAAAGACCCAGAAGAACUUGAAAUAUCCCAUUGCUUGAGCAGCAAGAGGCAAAUCUCAGCACAUGUUAGUCCGAGGAAGGAGGCAAAGCUGGACAUCACCAAGUGAAAGUGGGGCCUGGGGAUGUUCCUCCACAUCUCCAAGAGGCUGUGCCGGUUUAAAGGCCAUCACAGAUUAGAAAUGCCACCAGGAAUGCUCAGAGAAACUUCAUGCCUUCCUGCUGCCUGAUGUUUUCCUGGCUCAGAUGCAACAGCUUCAGUGGCAGAGGUCCCCCUACAGAUAAUGACAGUGGCAAGGACUGCAUCCAGAGGCUGAGGGAAAACUGUCUCUUCUUCCAUUAUCUUCCCAAAAUCCAUGCUGAUGUUGUUGGCAACAUUCCCCAUGCUCCAUUCUAAAUUAAUAAGGGCACUGGGUACUUUUGGGUGUCCUCCUUGGUUUCUCUCCACUGCCAAGAAGAGGAGAUCUUACAGCCCCUACUCAGAGUUCACACCGACCUGAUGGAGCCAGUAGGACCAGGUACUCAGUCCUUACUCCAGGGCUGUGAGCACCAAAUUCCUUCUUCUAUCCACUCAUCACCCUUCCCUGAAAAGCCUUUUUGUUGGCCCCACAGCAGUCAAGCUGUCUCACACACACACGCACACACCUCCCACCAAACCCAACACAGAGCCUAUACACACAAAGCAGUGGCAGCAGUCAACA